AUGAAGAUCUAUUACAUUGGAGUCUUAAGAAUCGGAGGUGACAAAGCAUUAGAGUUAACAUCAGCUAGAGAUUUAUCGCAAUUUUCGUUCUUUGAAAGGAACGGGGUAUCACAGUUCAUGACGUUCUUCUCCGAAACUGUAUCCCAAAGAACGCAAGCAGGCCAAAGACAGAGUAUUGAAGAAGGUAACUACAUCGGACACACUUAUGCUAGAUCAGAGGGACUUGCUUGUGUCGUUAUUACUGACAAAGAGUACCCAGUUAGACCAGCUUACACAUUGAUUAACAAGAUUUUAGAAGAAUACUUGUCCUUACACCCACAGAAAGAUUGGGCCAAUAUUAGUGCUACAAACGCUAGUUUCAACUACGAUAACUUAGAGCAUUACAUUAAGAAGUACCAGGAUCCUAGCCAGGCAGAUUCGAUCAUGAAGGUGCAGCAAGAAUUGGACGAAACCAAGAUUGUCUUGCACAAGACCAUCGAAAGUGUUUUACAAAGAGGUGAAAAAUUAGAUUCCUUAGUCGAUAAGUCUGAGGCGUUGUCCAGUUCUUCGAGAAUGUUUUAUAAACAGGCCAAGAAGACUAACUCUUGUUGUAUAAUUAUGUAA